AUGGCCGCCGCCAACCGUAACCGCCGCCUGCAAAAGGAGAUCCAAGACAUCCACAAAGACACCGACAGCGGCAUCAGCAUGACCUCCCCGCAAGACUCGCCCGAAAUCACCGACUUCACCCACCUCAAAGGCCACUUCGCCGGGCCCCCCGACACCCCCUACGAAGGCGGCCACUACGAGAUCGACAUCCGCAUCACCGGCGAAUACCCCUUCAAGCCGCCCGUGAUGAAGUUCCUGACCAAGAUCUGGCAUCCGAACGUCAGCUCGCAGACCGGGGCGAUUUGUCUGGAUACUCUGGGCGCGCAGUGGAGUCCCGUGCUCACGCUGAAGAGCGCGCUGAUUAGUCUGCAGAGUCUGCUUUCGAGUCCGGAGCCCAAGGAUCCGCAGGAUGCGGAGGUGGCGGGGAUGUUGAUCUCGCGGCCGGAGGAGUUUAAGCAUGUGGCAAGGGAGUGGGCCCAGCGGUAUGCGGGGGCGCCGAAGCCGCUGCCGGGGAGUGGGAAGACGGGGGCGAGUAGUUCGGGUGGGGAUGGGGAGGCAGUGGGAGGGGCGCGGCAGACGAAGAAGGUGGAGGAUAAGGAGGCGAAGAAGAGGGAGGAGCAGCGGAAGAGGGAGGCAUAUCAUGGGUACAAUCGGGCGAUGAUUGAUCAGUUUACGGGGAUGGGGUUCAGUACGGAGCAGGUGGUGGCGGCGUUUGAGUAUGUGGGGAUUGAUAAGGCGGGCGGGGAGGAGUAUGAGCUGGAGGAGGAGUACAUUGGGGAUGUGACGGCGAGGUUGUUUGGGGAGAUGUGA